UAUCAGUACAGUACUGUGUUCUAUAUAAAAAAUACAAAUCUCGAGCUUGAAUAAAGCGCAAAAGAAUGAAUUCAUUAAUAAGAUUAAUUAGUUUUAGGCCAGUUUUAGAAUGUCGGACCUUAGCCAGGCUUGCAGCAGACGGCAAAGAAAUACCUAAACAGAAGAACAUUGAAAACAGGAUAACGCUGAUUAGCCCUGAUAACUCUGUCACCAUUACGGAUCUGAAGAAUGCGCAGAACCUUUCUCAAAAGCGAGAGUUGAAACUGGUUAAAAUACAAGACGUGGAUGCCAAAACUAGGCGGCCUGUGUACAAAUUGAUGACUAAUGCUGAAUACCACAGUGAAGAACUAGAAAACAGAAAACAAAAACAGGCAUCUCGUCAAAACAAUGUUAUGAAAGGGGAGAAGUUACUCACACUUUCUACAAAAAUUGGUGAACAUGACCUUAUGACAGGCGUCAAGAAGAUGCUGAAGCUUUUAGAGAAACAGCACCAGGUCCGGGUGGUCAUCGCUGGCGACGGUGGCCACGAAACUGAGACUACAGAAAAAAUAUACUCUGUCAUUGAGAAAGGUAUAAAAUCUGUUGGGAAAGUGGUUCAAAAAAGAAACAAAGGCAACAGUCUGCGGUUUCAGAUACUACCUGCAAAAGAGGCCAGUAGUCAAGCGAGUGACAGUGUGGGCCCCGGCUCUGAUGACAAGGAUAAGGGGCCGCUAUGACUAGGCAUCGGGCUGGUGGCCAUAUUCACCCUCAAGUAUGUUAUUUUACAAAAAUAUUACUUUUCUAAACCAGAUACCAACAGUGAUGAAACUAAACAAAUAUGUGAUACUAAGACUACAAAUACAAUAUUUGAUCGCAUUUAAUUUCCAGUUUUGUAAAUAGAAAUGAAACAAAAAAAUUGUUCAAAUCAUGUAUUAUUUUAAUAAACAUUUGUAUUGCUUAGAUUAGAUGCUUAAUGAAAUAUUAAAUAAGAGAAUGUACAUGAG